UUCAUCAGAUAGCCGAACGUGAACAGUUUAGCUGAAGAGCACUUGCCUAAAAAACCAGGAGGGAACGCGCGCAGAGCAUCCACUCUACACACGGAUCCAAGGCAAGGAAAUUCGGCAUUCCAAGCUCUGGUUUGGCCAUGGACUCGUUAUCUGGCAUGUACUUGACUCUGUGCACUUGGCUUGUUUGCUCUUUGCAUAUUUGUGCCAGAGCGGAGGUAACUUGCGCCUCGUGCCCGUUCCCAGCGCUUGUGAAAAUUGGGGACGUCCAAAACAAUGCACGCAUCAUCAUUCCUACAGCGGCUAGGAAAUCACUUCUCAAUUUCGCACGCACGAGAUUGCAACCGGUUCUGGAAGGAGUUCAUGAGUUGGGGAAAGACGCGAGCGCGAGCGGCGUGCCAAACUCGAGAGAAGUGGAAGUGGCGGCGCGCUCACUCGAACCUGGCUCCGGUGAAAAAACACUGCCCAAGCAAACUACACUGGGGGAACAGCGGGAAUAUGAGAAAGUGUGUAAAAAAGACGGUGCGUUACGGAGACGCAAAAGGAGCGCGGCGCAACUGGAUGAAUUUGGCGCAAGCGCGCGGAGCGGAGAUUCCGCAGAGUCCUCAGAUGCUCUGCUGUUUGUGGAUGGACAGAAACUGCGACGCAACCGAGACGAGGGAAAAGUGGCCACUUCCAGGUCGGAGGAACCCAAAGUGAGCAGUAGCACUUUCGCCCUGGCUGGAGACUCCGCUCACAACCACGCUGUCGUUUACUGGACCGGACAAAACAGCAGCGUGAUUCUGAUCCUGACCAAGCUUUAUGACUUCCACUUGGGCAGUGUCACUGAAAGCUCCCUAUGGAGAUCGACAGACUAUGGCACCACCUAUGAGAGACUGAAUGACAAAGUGGGAGUGAAGACAGUCCUGAGUUACCUGUACAUCUGUCCCACCAACCAAAGAAAGGUAAUGGUGUUGACAGACCCAGAGUUCGAAAGCAGCAUCCUCAUCAGCUCCGAUGAAGGGGCCAGUUACCAGAAAUACCGUCUCAGUUUCUACAUAUUGAGUCUGCUUUUUCACCCUUCACAAGAGGAUUGGGCUCUGGCCUACAGUCAUGACCAGAAGCUGUACAGCUCGUUUGACUUUGGACGGAAGUGGCAUCUCGUUCACGAGCGAGUGACCCCCAACCGCUUCUAUUGGUCUGUAAGUGGUCUGGAUAAGGAAGCCGAUCUGGUGCACAUGGAGGCGUACACUUCUGAUGGACAUUGUCAGUAUAUGACAUGCAGGGCUCAGGCUUGUUUUGAAUCAAGUAGGACGUUCCCAUUCCCCGGCUACAUCGAGCCAAAUUCGCUGGUGGUUCAGGAUGACUACAUCGUCAUUCAGGUCACCAUGUCUGGGAGAGCCACUUAUUAUGUGUCUUACCAAAGGGGACCUUUUGCACGCAUCAAAAUACCUAAAUACUCUCUUCCAAAAGACAUGCACAUCCUGAGCACAGAUCAAGGUCAGGUUUUUGCCGCUGUGCAAGAGUGGAACCAGAACGAUACGUACAACCUGUACAUCUCAGAUCCGCAUGGUGUUUACUUCACUCUGGCUUUGGAAAAUGUCAAGACCACCCGCGGUCUUGGGGGCAACAGUAUGAUAGACCUGUAUGAGGUAGCGGGAAUCAAAGGCAUGCUGAUUGCUAAUAGAAAACUGGAGAACCAGGUGAAGACGUACAUCACUUACAACAAGGGCCGGGACUGGAGGCUGCUGCAGGCGCCCACCACAGACCUGGAGGGUAACGAGAUUUACUGUGUGCAGCCAUUUUGUUCGCUACACCUACAGCUGCAGAUGUCAGAAAACCCUUAUGUCUCUGGAAGUAUUACCACCAAGAACUCUGUGCCAGGAGUAAUCAUCGCUAUAGGCAAUAUGGGCUCUGAGCUCUCCUACAAUAAUGUAGGAAUGUUCAUGUCAUCAGAUGCUGGCAAUACCUGGAGACAGAUAUUUGAUGAGGAGCACAAUGUUUGGUUCCUGGAUAAAGCAGGAGCUCUACUUGCAGUCAAGCAGCCCACAGUUCCCACAAGGCAUUUCUGGAUCAGCUUUGAUGAAGGGAGACAGUGGACACAUCAUAUUUUCUCAGCCAUGCCUCUGUUUGUGGAUGGUGUUCUGGUCGAGCCAGGCAUGGAGAAUCAGAUCCUGACGUUUUUUGGACACUUCAGCGAUCGCUCUGAGUGGCAGCUGAUCAAAAUCAACUACAAGUCCCUGUUUACCAAGCGCUGCACUGAAGGAGACUACCAAACGUGGCACUUGCACAAUCAGGGUGAGCCAUGUGUAAUGGGCCAAAAGCAGAUCUUCAUCAAGCGCCGCCCGGGCAACUACUGCAUGAUGGGAAAGGACACCAGGAUCUUAUCGGCUGAACCUUGUAUCUGUAGAGCACAUGAUUUUGAGUGUGAUUACGGCUAUGAGCGAAGAGGAGAUGGUAACUGCCUGCCUGCAUUCUGGUUCAAUCCUUCCACUGUAUCACGGAGCUGCAGUCAAGGCCAGAACUAUUUCAACAGCACAGGUUAUCGCAAAGUAGCAGCAAACAACUGCACCAAAGGGGUGAAGGAGAUGUACACAGCGAGGAAACAGCAGUGUCCCAAUCGACCCCCACGAGGAUUGCACCUGGCAACCCGUGACAACACCCUCAAAGCAAAUAUGGGCUCCAAUGUCACCUUUAUAGUACAACUGGAAGAGGGAGACUCGAUGAGGACGAAUAUCCAGUUAGACUUCGGGGAUGGGACGGCUGUGUCCUAUUCUAACCUCAGCUGGACGGAAGAGGGUAUCAGACAUGUGUACCGCAGCACAGGAAUCUUCCGGGUCACUGCCAUCGCCGAGAACAGCCUGGGAUCUGACUCAAGCUCCCUCUACCUGCAUGUGACAUGUCCUGUUGAGCAUGUCCAGUUGUUGGCUCCAUUUGUGGUCAUUAAGCACAAGGACGUGAACUUGACUGCAGUGGUCUGGCCCUCUCACUCUCGAACUCUCACUUACUUCUGGUGGCUGGGGAACAACACAGAGCCAAUGAUCACUCUAGAGGGCAGUAUAUCCUACGUGUUUCCAGUGGAGGGGACGUACACGGUAACGGUGCAGGUCUCAUCAUCCAACUCCAUUCUUCAAGACACUAAACAAAUCGUUGUGCAAGAAUUCUUUAAAUCCCUGCUUUUAUCUUUUUCUCCGAAUCUGGAUGAGGCCAACCCUGACAUCCCGGAGUGGAGGCACGAUGUAGGCAGGAUAAUUAAAAAGGCUGUGCUCCAAAUAGCCGAUAUUCCUGCCGAGCAGCUCCUGGUGGCGAUUUUCCCUGGACUACCAACAGCUGCUGAGCUUUUCCUGCUUCCCAGCAAGAACCAGUCAGACAGCAGGAAAGGGAGCGAAGAUGAUCUGGAGCAGAUCUCAGAAAUCCUCACCAAUGCAUUGAACCAGAAUCUGGUGGAAUUUGAGCUGAAACCAGGAUCUGGAGUUAUCGUUUACAUCACACAGCUAACAUUAGCUCCGCUGGUGGACUCAAUCCCUAGACACAGCAGUUCUGCCAUGCUGAUGCUCCUCUCUGUGGUAAUCUUGGGGUUAGCCAUCUUCCUCAUUUACAAAUUCAAGAGAAAAAUUCCCUGGAUAAAUAUAUACGCUGAGGUGAACCAAGAGAAAGAGCAGGAGAUGAUCGGCACAGUGGGUCAGAAUGACACGACACCCAAAAUUAAGCUAAGCGAGUUCUCCAGCCCCAAAGAGCUUAUGGAGAAGGAUUUGGAAGUCCGUGUUAAACGUGGAAUGAUCAAUGCCUGUGAAAGCACAAGAGAGAUUCCCAACUGUACAAGUGUCUGAAUGAAACAAGACAAGUUGGAUGUGCAGUGUAAUCAAGUGUACAGAAGUGUUGCCAUUUUGAAAGUUCUCUAUGUUAUCCUUCAUUUUGUAAUUUGAGAAACAGUCAUUGUUAAUAGUUUUCUAAGGACCUCGUUUAUACAGAUUUGCAUGGACGUCUUGUUUGAUAAGAUCUAUGCGGAAAAUCUAAACACUUAAUGAGACCUUUUUAAUGAUGAUUAAAACAUUGCUUGUUUGGAGAGGAAAUGAGGUGCUGAUAUAAGCUGAGAGGAAACUAGUCUUUUGUCCUUAUCUAAAAAAAAAUCUGGAACUUUGCAAUGUAUUGAUGGCAAAAUACGCAUUUCAUUGGAGUUUCAUUUGAUUAAUGACAUCUGUUUUAGAAUCAGAAUUUAUAAAAUAUAGCUAUAACAUGAAUAACGGUUUUUCCAUAAUUUCUGUUACAGAAUUAACUGUUUAUUGUUUCAAACAUUGGUCAUUUUAUAGAAGGCAAAUCCAGUUGAAAAAUGUUUAGUUAGCAGGGAAAUGAUGACAAGUCCAGAACAUGCAUCUGUUUAGUCUAGUGCACGGGAGUAGUUUGGCUGCAACUUAAAUUGAUCAUAAAACUUAAUUAGUUUAAGUGAGCAUUUGACUAAUGAGGUCUUUUUCAAAGAUUUUUUUUGUGAUCAAUUUUUCUUAGUUUCCAGCAGUCAUCCAUGUUUUGUAAUUUUGCUAAUUUUUCACAACACAAAUGACAGCAACACAACACCAAAUGAAAAAGACCAACAUCCAUAUAGGCAGGAUUUGUUAAUGAAAACAUUAACAAGUCGUUAAGAGAUAAUGCAAUUAAAAUCAACAUGUUUAGAAUGUUAAAUAAUGCCACAAGAAUCUUUGAUGCUUUGAUGAAGUUAAUAAAAAAAAAAUUCUUGCUGCAUCAGAAAUUAAUGUAGUUAGUCAGUUAGAGAUCUUUAUAAGAAGAGAGAGACAGAAGCAAUGCAUCACUGGAAAGUAAAAAGCUGAACAUUUUUUAAAUUUAUUUAUCUAUUUAUUUAUUUAUUUAUUUAUUUAUUUAUUUCAUUUUACCCCAUUCUCUCCUACCACAGUGAUGUAGGGAAUGUUUUUUAUUGUACCAUUCUGGACUUUUAUUUAUUUAUUUAUUUUGUAACUUCUUUCAAGAAAAUAUAUGAACUUGUCUUAAUGCACAGUCAUAUAAUUUUGUUUUGCUUUAGGAAAUAAAUGCUUAAAGGCAAUCAGUACUGUACCAGUUUUACUGGACCAAGGUACUAAGAAUUAGUAGAAAAUAUCACAGGCUAAUUCCAGCACCAUGGAGGUGACAUUUGCACUCACAUUGGCUAACAAAGUCAACAAAAAAAAACAAAAUGGCUUAGGAUAAUUUAAUCAGUUUGCAUAUAUUGUCAUUUAUCAUCAUUAGAACAAUGCAGACAACUCUUAAAGCAUCAUGUAUCGAUUUACAUGUUUCGAACACAUAGUAAUUUAUCACCAUUAUGGAUGUGACAUCAAACAGACGCACUUUUGUGGUAGAUUACACAUUUUCUAUAGACUCUGAAUUCUAAAUACCAUUGCAGGUCUAUAUGUAUAAACAUAUAGACUGUUAUAUAAACAAAAAACUGAAGAUUUGAAAAUAUUUCUUGGUCUGGGAAUAUUACAUAUAUUUGAUGCAAAUACAAUGCAAUUUUGUCCAUAAUUUGAUCAGAGAAUUGGUAAGGUUGAUAUUUGUGUGGAAUUGCCCAGUGAUAAGUUCAAUCUUAUAAUCAUUUAAAAAUAUUUUUAUAAUGAGAAAUACAUCAUAGUUUGGACUGUACUCAAGAACUAUAUAAAUAAAUGGGGAAAAGCUUCCUAGUUUACCCUUUUCCACGACAGAGGAAAGUUUUAGAGGUGGACUAGCUGCAAAAUUCUUUCUACUUUGGAAAUAGGAAUUAGCUAGUAAUAAGAAAUACUUUGCAUGUUAAAAACCAUCUAAUGAGAUGUGACAUUAUCUGAGUGCUACUUAGUCGCACCUUAGAUUUAGUUGGGAAUAAAUGUCUUUUUAAGAAUAUUUUAUUAUUUUUUAAUCAAAAUUAACCAUUAGCAUCUAUGGAAAUACAUAUAUAGUUUUGAAUAAAUAAUGAUUUUGUGGCAAUUUAAAACCAGAUCAACAAUAAAAAUUCACAUUGCACAAACGUACAAACAAACAAACAAACAAACAAACAAACAAAACACUUGGAUACAUCACUAACAGAAUGCUAGGAGCAAGACUUCUUUAGACUUCUUUAUAGGGAGUAUGCUGAUUGGGAAUAGGUGUUGGUGAUUAGUAGUUUUGGGGGAACUAGAACGAGGUAACUGAUCAUGUGACAGGUCAUGUGGCUGGGUUUGUAAUUUGUUGCUUGGUUGAGGAUUCUGGUAAAAGGCCUUAUUUAAUUGCAGCCUUAAUUAAUCAUUCACACACAUAUGUAUAGCAAUAUACUGCUGUAUGUACUAUACAGUAUAUAGUCAAAGUUGUGUAGAUUAAUAAUAUGAAUAUUUGAGUGCAUACUUAAUUGGAUGUAAUGCCAAAACAGUGAUUGCUGCCAAAUUUAACAUGCUUUAAAUCUUUAUUAAACAAAAUAACAGUGGACAAACUGUAAGAAUCUCGUGCAAAGGCAGCAGUAAUGGAGGUUUAGUUCAUGUUAUUCAUCCUUAACACUUCUGUGUUUAGUAUAAUGACUAAAUGUUCAUUUUAAUUUUAUUGUCAUCUUGUCUGGAUUUUUUUUUUAGUAAGAUAUUAAGUGAACGCCUUACAAAACCAAUGCCUUAUUGCCAUUUUACGUGUUUUGCCAUCAAAACAUGUCCACAUCAAAACAUAACUUAAUUCCUACACCUUGACGCAAAGGCUAUUGUAUAAAGACAUAUGAUAAAGUAUUUCUAUCAAAAUGAUAAUGAGUUCUAUUGUUGUUUGUUUUAUAUCAAAUAUCAUGUCAUGUCUCCCAGGGAACAGCUUUGAACUGUAUCAUAGUCUCAGUAGAGCUUCAGAUUCUCAUUUCUCUGUAUAUACAGCACACAUGCUGUCACAUUCACAUGCUCCUAUUGUAAAUAUAGUGGCAAAGACAAAACUGUGAACCUUAACACAGUAAAAAAAAAAAAAAAAAAAAAAAAAAAAAAAAGUGUGUUGAGUUUACUUUUUAUGGAAUCAUUGAUUGUUUUGACAGUGUCCUUGACAUGUGCAUGUUAUUUACAAGGACAUUAUUUACAGUAUGUGUUGUAGAUAAUAAGCAAGCAUUGUAAAUAGUUCUUUUUUAGUCAUCGAUGUUGGCAUUCAGUUUUGUUUUGUUUGGAAUUUUAUUAUUAUUAUUAUUAUUUUUUUUUUUUUUACAUAUUACAUAUCUGGUCUUAUAUAUCCUGGUCUUUCCUUGUUGCUCAUCCCUUUCACAUAGAAAUAAAUUCUGUUUAGAAGAAGCUAUUUGGGCAUUUAAAAAUGUAAAAUAACAGCAGUAAAUUACUAAUUUACACAAAUAAGGAAAUACUUGAUCAAGGAAGUUUCUAUAUAUUGCUAAACAUUCUGGACUAUCACUUCUGCUACUGCUACUGAUCUAGUUUAUAUGGUUUAAUGCAAUGUAUCUAAAUUUCUAUGUGAAAGAGGUAAUGUUAAGUAUCAUUUACAGAUAUAUUUACACUGAUAUAAAAUUUUACAAAGUUAUACAAAUAAUUGAAUGCUCCAAUACGUCUUUAAGUAGUCAUCACCUAAAAGCCAAUUGUUUGCCCUUUGAAACAUCAUUUACAGUAUAUGGCUUAUUACACAUUUAUUUUACUGAGUUUCUGUACCUCUUCAUCAUAAGGUCAAGGUAGAAGUUGCCCAUCCACGCUAAUGUGAAAAACAUAAAUGGUCUCUCAUCUAGAAGUCUGUUUAUGGAGUCCAAAUUAUAAUUUUCUAUGCGAGUUGGUCAGAGUUCACACUGCACAUAAUUAAACUAACCAAAACAUCAAAAUGGGAUAUCCUUGUAAAACUUCUUUCCCCAUUGGUCAGGGAUACAGUAAGAGAAAAUUACAAGCAUUUCUUUCUUUUUUUCCCCCCAUUUAGUAGUUAAAACAAUAACACUUCUGAAGUACUCCAGCCCUCUUAUUUGCACCUCUCAUUACUAAUAACUUGCACUUGCCAAAGUUGACCAUUUUUAGAAUUCAUUUAUAGUUACAUUCAAUAUGGUGGAAUGUCCCUGAAACAGGUUAGUCCCAGUUAUCACUUACAUUAUAGCCACUAUAAACAGUCAUUCACAUUCACUCAUUCCAUUUUUCUCUCUCCUGAAGUUAAUAAGCUUGUCAUGUUACAUUGAAACCAAAAACCACAAAGCCCUAUGUCCUGAACACUGUCCUGAACUUAACUUACCUGAAAGUUACAUAGUUACAUAGCUAACACUGGAGACUCCUUACAUAAAUGAUAAAUAAUUGUCUCUUACAAAAAAAAAAAGAAAAAGAAAAUGAAGUGCGGGAAUAAAUGCAUUCAUGUAAACCUACGAUUUGUCUUGCAGCCUGAACUACACUUUCUAACCAAUCAGAAUCGAGAAUCAAACAGCGCUGUGAUAUAAUGUAUGUUAAGAUUAAAAAAAAAAAAAAAAGAUGAAUAUAACUCAAAAUACACAGCAUGAUACACACUGUUUAUUAGCCUUCAAAUCCGGGUUGACUCAUCCUCAUUGCAAUUCAAUUGCACAGGGUUUUCUUGGAAUCUGACUGAGUCCACCUCUCACAGAUGAUCUUAGAUGGGUUAUUUUGGUUCAACUCUAGUGGUCACACCGUUCAAUCACAAUAGGAAUUAGAUUGAACAGACAAAAUACUAUAUGCAGUCACUGCUCACUUUAAAGGAACAGCUGCACACCUGCUCAUUCAUGCACUUAUUUAUGUGUUUGUUUAUUCAAGUUUGACAUUUUGUGUGUUCUGUGAUACUUUUCUGCUCAGCACAGUUGUAAAGAGUAGUUAUUUAAGUUACUGUAGCCUUCCUGUCACCUUUACCCAGUCUUGCUUAUCUUCUCUGAGGUAAUGUUAUUGUUCUCAUCAGCAAGACAUUUCCACCCACAGAACUGCCAUUCACUAGAUUCGGCAGAGCACAUUUUCCCCCAAAUUCUGAUGUUUGAUGAAUGCUAAUUGAAGAUCUUGACCUGUAUCUGCAUGUGUAUACACUGCACUGUUGCUGCAUGACUGGUUAAUUGCAUGUAUGAGCAGUUGUACAAGUGUUGUUAAUAAAGUGGUCGAUAAUAUGAAAAUACCCUAAGAUGUAAUGACAAAUCAGUUUCUAGAUAACCGUACAAACACAACUAUCACAACAAUUCAUCUUAGUCAUGAAACAACUAUCCUACUGAGAGGGUUUUAUCUUUUGUGAGGAUUUUAUCUCUGGAAAGCCCAGGAGACAUUAUUUAUUGAUAAACCAUUAUAAAUCAUAGUGUAUUCCAACAUUAAUCUAAUCAAACAAAAUGAGAGAACUGCUGAUUCAGCAUGAUAAUUACUAGUAACUAGGCUCAUUUACAGUAUCCUUUUUUCUAUUCUACUACAAUGUACUUUCUUUUUUAAUGGUGCAAGCAUCAUGUAAACAGAUUAUAAAUUGGCCUGCAUUCUAUUAAAAUUAUCACAAACUCCCCCUGCAAUUUUCUAUUUUCUGCCAAAAAUUACCUCAUUGCCUAGAGUACAUGCAUGAGCAGCGAUCCAUGCAUGCUGAAGCCAGCAUGUAAUUAGAGACUCAGACCAUGUGGAAAAAUUAGGGGUGGGGUUAACACAAAUUUGAACAUCAUCAUCAUUGCUUGUUGGAAUUUGUACAGAUUACACAUUUUUCAUGAUAUCUGGUUGAACAUAAGUAGGGUCUCAUAAUUGCAAAUCUUUAAGUAUUCACCUAUUAUGAAGAUAUCCUACUUUAGGUUCACACUAGCAAGCGACAAGUCGCUCAUGUCACUUGAGGUUUGUCUCCACUGUUGUUGCUUGUGGAUGAGAAACAACAGUAGCCAAAAUGUAUGUAAGCCUAUAGUUAACUAGUUAAAUCCAAACUAAAUAAUGCACUAAUUGUUUCACACUAGACUUCAUACUAAAUGUGUUGGCAAACUAAAUAUACUAGCUACAUACUUUCAUCAGAGACACCAAUGAUCACUGCUACUUCCUUGCAAGCUUUAUUUUACUUCAUAAUACACAUUUAUUUACAUUUAAUGAAUAUUCUUCAGAUAUGACAAGGGAGAUAAUUCUGGGUAGGAACUAAAGUUAUGGGUGGAACUGAAGAAACAUUGGACCACACACGCUGUAGGUUUUGUCUGAGGAAUUAAGCGCAAUAGUUAAUAUGCCUAGAAUUGGGAAAUUCUUUAUUCACAUGCUUAAAUUGCAUUUACAUGUCAUGUACGUACAUAGAAAUUAGUGAAUGACUGGGACUUACUGGUGUGAACCGACUUUACAUCAGCAAAUUUAAGGAUCCCACUAUUACAAAAAGUUACUAGUGGGUAUGAUGAACAGUCACAGUUUUAUUUAUUUAUUUAUUUUUGCAAUUUCAACAAAAUUCUUCUUAUUGUUUAGACUUUUAAAUGUUCACCUUGUUCUUUAUCCUUUCUGUGACACUAAGACCUGCUACCGUAAAUAUAGACAUGCUAUAUGAAUUAUGGUGCAAGGGAUAUUUCAAAGGUAAAACAGUAAAAAGAGGAUUUCUUUCAAUGCAGUAACCUACAGUAAAGACCUUGAAGAGUUCAUGUGUGGCAGCAGUGCUCUGUAUUUUUUUUUAACCCAAUUUUUACUUUCAGACGUCUACUCUGCAUAAGCUGAUACAAUAUGAAUGAUCUUCUGGAAAGCUUGCCAGCAUCUGUCACAGUCUUUUACAUCAGAAUGUUCAGUGUUCAGGCUAAGAGUGUAGUAGUGAUAACAUUGAUCCCUGCAAGGUUUAUUGGUUUUGUAAUAAUGUGUACCAAAUAACUCACACUCACUUGUUAUUUUUUAUCUUGUUCCCCUUCAAAGGGAAUUCAGCAUUGUGUGAGCUUCACUUU